CCAAAUUUUCCGUCAUACAAAAAAAUAAAUCCCCCCCCCAAAUGUCCGCCAACGUUAGCCUCACGACCGAAACGUUCGGUGUGCUGGCGGACAAGGAAGGCCGAAGCAUUCCGGUGGAAAAAUUCAUCUGGCAAACGCGUGCCGGACUGCGGCUCUGUGUCCUGGCCCUCGAUGCGGCCAUCGUUGAGCUGAGGGCACCAGACGGUGAUCGAGCGCCGGCGAAUAUUCUCCUUGCACCGGACACCUUGCAAGAGUUUCUUCAACUCGAUCCGAACCUCAUCUGUGGGGCUUGCUUUGGACCUUCCGACUGCAUGCGGCCGGCCGAAAAACAAAGGAUGCCGCAGGACGAAGGAGUUCAAACGAUGGCUUCGGACCGCAUCUGGCAACCGUUUGUCGAUGGGACGCGUCUUCAUCUCAGCCGCCAGUUGGUGGCCGGACGUCGGAAUACUCUGUGCCACCGUGACCAUCUCGGUGGAGCCCUCGAACGUGGUGCACAUUCAUUAUCAGGCCUGUGGUGCGGGGAAAAUCGCACGCGUGUCUCACCGUUGGUUGCUCAACCUUGGUGGACGGGAUGGUGGACCGUCCGCAACGCACCAGCACGUGGUCCAGAUUAA